AUGUUAAGGCAAAUUCGCAGCAAGCUUCCGCAGGAGCACAGACUUAAGCACGUCGACGAGAUAGGGCACUACAUCCGGGACAGCAAGAAGAAAAACUGGGACCAAGAGGCCAAUGUCCCCUGGGCGUACGUGUGGCUGCACGGCCCUAGGGUCACCAAGACCCAGCUUCGCGCAUACGUGAAGUACAUGGUUCGGGAGUUGAAGCUCGAUGCCGAGUCCAGCAAGGAGGGCGACAACGCCACAGGAACACAGCCUGUGCAAUCUACAACAGUGCACACGCUCCUCGGGCGCAUAAAUGCAUGCCAGAUGGCGGCGAGAGUGGAUGCGACGCUAUACUGGGAGACGGAGCUGAGCAUCAUGCGUGAGAUAUCGGUGGUCAGGUCGGAGGUGCGGUUCAUGAUACGCACCAAGAACGAGCGGGACAUCAAGAACUGUGCCGAUUGGCAUCGCGGAACCAUUGGCGAUACCUACACCGCCAAACAGUUCCGCCAGAUCAUGAUCAGGGUGCUGCCGACGUGGGCGGCCAAGGCGUGGAACCCGCGGGGUACGGUCCCUUCGCAGACGUUGUGGAGGUUUUUGCUCUUGAAGGUGCCCACGCUACUCUCCCACCACUCUCUCCUGCGCAGUCAAAGCAUCCGCGUGAUCACGCUCCUCGACAUGUUCUUGUACCGACUGGCGAGCACCUCGUCGGUGAACUCGGAGAACCAGUCGGUCUUCAUGGUCAUCGCUGCGCGGAACUCGAAGACGUCCAAGGAUGCGCGUCUGCAGCAGAGCUACGCUAUCGGCCAGUUUCACGGCGUCCGCCUCAUUCCGCCGAUGGACACCAGCACACGCGCGAGCUGGUACAAGAAGCACCUCUUCUUUGCCAAAAACGACACCGACCAAGGGGAGCUCUCCGCGGCAAGCCACCAACGCUGGACGCGGCAGUUGUGGGACAAGAACGGGGUGCUCUGCAAGAGGAACGUGCACGCCGCUCGAGCGGGAGGGGCCCAUGAUCUGGCCAUCGACGGCACGCCGCGCGCCGAGAUCGCGGAGCUGGGUCACUGGGCGCUCGACAAGAUGACGCGAGCGUACAUCACCGCCAUUCCGGUGGGGGUGGUGAUGAAGAAGGCCGGUUACUCUGGUUACAAGCAGGACUACUUUUUGGGUUGGAGCAGGGUGGAGCCCUCCGAGAAGUUCCUGAAGCUCCUUGCCGAGCACAUCUUCCCCGGCGUCGACGACAUGCUGAAGAUGGUAUUGUACUACAAGAUUGACUUCCUGGAGGAGCUCAAGAAGCGCGAUGACACCAUCGCGUCUCUCACCGCCAAGAUAACCCGUCUCACCGAGGCACUCCGUGUGUUCGGCGAGCCGGGCUUCGUCGACCGCCACACCCUCCUGUUAGGCGCGACGCAAGGUGCACUCAACAUGAGGGUGCGCCACAUGCUGAGGGUCAUGGAUGCGGUGCGCCAGCUACGCGCGAGCGACGGCGACGCUGACACCGAGGCCGUGGUCGAUGCACUGCACAGGAUCGCGGCACCGGGCAUCGGGACCUUCGCCGAUGCCCUCACGGUGCUCAAACCGGGAACGACACCGAUGUUGUCCAAGGAGCUUGGCAUGGGAGUCAAGGGGCUAGGCCCCAAGGUGGUCUCGAAGCUACGCCUCGCCUGUGAGCUUGUGGCGCUCAACCUGAAGCCGACGGUUUGGGUCGAAACCCUGUUUCCAGACACCUGGGUGGAGCAGAUGCCGAAGACCAAGGCCGAUCUGGCGAAGCCGACCACACCUGCCAAGUCGACCACACCGGCCAAGCCGACCGCACCGGUGCACCGUCCUCCGACCAAGCGCAAGAAGUCAGCAUAA